GCUGGCGGUUGCGGCGGCCGCCCACGGGGUCUCGGGUGCGGGGUGGGGUGCAGGGUUCCCGGCGCGCGGUCCGGCGCGACCCGCGGCGGCAGCCAUGAACUUCUCCGAGGUGUUCAAGCUCUCCAGCCAGCUCUGCAAGUUCUCCCCCGACGGCAAGUACCUGGCUUCCUGCGUCCAGUACCGGCUGGUGGUCCGGGAUGUGAACAGCCUUCAGAUCCUUCACGUGUACACGUGCCUGGACCAGAUCCAGCACGUCGAGUGGUCGGCCGACUCCCUCUUCAUCCUGUGCGCCAUGUAUAAGCGGGGGCUGGUGCAGGUGUGGUCUCUGGAACAGCCCGGAUGGCACUGCAGAGUGGACGAGGGAUGCGCAGGGCUGGUGGCUUCUUGCUGGAGCCCAGACGGACGCCACGUUCUCAACACCACCGAGUUCCACCUGCGGAUCACCGUCUGGUCCUUGUGCACGAAGUCCGUGUCCUACAUCAAAUACCCGAAAGCCUGCCAGCGCGGAAUCAGCUUUUCCAGAGACGGCCGCUACCUGGCCUUGGCCGAGAGGCGGGACUGCAGGGACUUCGUGAGCAUCUUCGUGUGCAGUGACUGGCAGCUGCUGCGGCACUUCGACACAGACACGCAGGACCUCGCUGGCAUCGAGUGGGCCCCGAACGGCUGUGUGCUGGCGGUGUGGGACACCUGUCUGGAGUACAAGGUCCUGCUCUACUCCCUGGACGGCCGGCUCCUGUCCACGUAUUGUGCCUACGAGUGGUCCCUGGGCGUCAAGGCCGUGGCCUGGAGCCCCAGCAGUCAGUUCCUGGCGGUCGGCAGCUACGACGGGAAGGUGCGCAUCCUGAACCACGUGACUUGGAAGAUGAUCACGGAGUUUGGUCAUCCUGCCACCAUUAAUGAUCCCAAAGUAGUGGUGUACCAGGAAGCCGAGAAGAGUCGGCGGCGGGCGCUAGACCGCCCUGGCCACCCUGCGCCCAGGGCCGCGGAGAGCAGAUACGAGGUCGCCUCGGUGCCGGUGCCCCUGCAGACCGUGAAGCCUGCCGCAGACAGGGCGAACCCGAGGAUCGGCGUGGGCGCGCUGGCCUUCAGCCCGGACAGCUCGUUCCUGGCCACGAGGAGCGACAACGUCCCGAGCGCCGUCUGGAUCUGGGAUAUCCAGAAGCUGAGGCUGUUCGUGGUGCUUGAGCAGCUGUCCCCCGUGCGUGCCUUCCAGUGGGACCCACAGCGGCCCCGGCUGGCCAUCUGCACGGGAGGCAGCAAGGUGUACCUGUGGUCGCGAGCAGGCUGCGUGUCGGUGCAGGUGCCCGGGGAAGGGGACUUCCAGGUGCUCUCUCUGUGCUGGCAUGUAAGUGGGGACUCACUGGCCCUCCUCAGCAAGGACCACUUCUGCCUGUGCUUCCUGGAGACGGAGGAGGGGCCGCGCCUGGCUUCGGGCCAGCUGGGAGACCACACGUAGGACCUGCGUGGAGGCGGGUCACCUUGCACGCACUGCGGAGAGUGGCUCCUCGGGGCAUUUCUCCGACCACGGGGGCCCCGCUGGUCAGCUCCUGUUUUUCUAUAGCAAGGCGUUUUUGUAAAUAUGUAUAUUAUAAAACUAAUUUUUGUUAUUUAAAAUAAAUAUUUACCAAUUCAUAAAA